UGAUUUGAUACUGUUCAUCCAUCCAACAUCCUAUGAGCGUAAUUCGGUCACAAUGUUUGCGAUAUGGAGCAAAAAGCAUUUCAGCAUCAGCAUCAGAAAUGGUUCUGAAACGAAGAUGUAGUUGGGAAGUGGGGAUGCAGCGUCAAGUAAGACAUUAAAGCUUAUGCUGAUGUGGAAGUUCCGAGUAAGCUGAACAGGAGCCGUUGAGGUUUUAUUCGUUAUUGUUAGAAUUCGUUUCCUAGGAAUCAAGAUUUUAGUAAUUUCACUCACGUAUCGAUUUUCGAUACAAUUUACUAGUCUUGCGUUUAAGUGAGUUAUGCAAGAAUUCAUGCUUCUCCAAAUUUUAAUCGGUUUUUCUGUCUUGGCGACGGCAAUCUCGAAGCCGGAAAACGAACACAAGACGCGAGUUGUUAAUAAGGAGCCAAGCGAAGAGGAACAUUAUGUUCAUUCUCAACAUAAUCCAGCAUAUGAUCAUGAAGCUUUCCUUGGUGAAGAAUCAAAGACUUUUGAUCAACUUACCCCUGAAGAAAGUACACGGAGAUUAGGAAUAAUAGUUGAUAAAAUAGACAAGGAUAAAGAUGGUUAUGUUACUGGUGAAGAGCUUAAAGACUGGAUACUUUACACACAGCGACGUUACAUACGUGACAAUGUUGAACGCCAAUGGAAAUCACAUAAUCCUGAAGGAAAAGAGAAACUUCCAUGGACAGAGUAUUUGGCAAUGGUGUAUGGAGAUAUGGACGAACAGGAAGCAGAGAAUCAUGAGAAAUCUAAAGAAAAUACUUUUUCAUAUGUGGCUAUGCUCAAGAAAGAUCGUAGACGUUGGUCAACUGCAGAUUUAGAUGGUGAUGAUGCUCUUACAAAAGAAGAAUUUGCUGCCUUCCUCCAUGCAGAAGAAGCAGAUCAUAUGAAAGAUGUUGUAGUAUUAGAAACUAUGGAAGACAUUGAUAAAGAUGGAGAUGGCAAAAUAUCUCUUUCUGAAUACAUUGGUGACAUGUUUGAAGGUCCAGAAGGAGAAGAAGAACCUGAAUGGGUAAAAAAUGAAAAAGAACAGUUUUCUAUGUAUCGAGACAAGGAUGGUGAUGGCUUUUUAAACUUUGAAGAAGUCAAAACUUGGAUUAUUCCAGCUGACUUUGAUCAUGCAGAAGCUGAAUCUCGACAUUUAAUAUUUGAAGCAGACACGGACGCAGAUCAAAAGCUUACAAAAGACGAAAUAUUAGAAAAAUAUGAUAUUUUCGUUGGUUCUCAAGCAACUGAUUUUGGAGAUGCAUUAACUAGGCAUGAUGAAUUUUAAUAAAAUUUCGUUAUAUAUGA